AUGUGCAUAACUUUAUAUCGAGUCCGACGAUAACGUGUGAAAAGAAAAUGGUUAAUCGAGCAAUAGAAUUUGCAAAAGUAUCUAAGAAAAAUGUGACCAUACUUGCAUAAGAUACUGGCGAGUUCACGAAAAUCGCAGCAUCGCUUUCGGUCGCAAUUUCGGUACAAAUUGAAUGACUUGGUGUCGCCGCUUCUGCAAACGCGUAAAGAAAAUACGGGACAGCAAGAUGAAGAUUCGAAAUAUGUAAAUGUCACGGCGUGUUGCGAACACUCCCGCAAGAUCGAUCGCAAGCGAUCUGAGGCGAUAUUAAAAUUUCUGACUAAACUUAAAAUAGUCAAGUCAUCGAAGAGUCAGGUGCAGUAUAACGAUUGCAAAUCUGCGACUUCCAAUUGUAGCAUUAGUCAUGCUGGAGAUACGAUGAAUCCAUCAUUGCGUCGCAAUAACUGCGAAAAUGUGGUCAAUAAAGAAGAAAUCGGCUCAACGAUUGUUACGAAGAGUAAACCAGAACCGAAAUCCCCUGUCAUAGCCUAUGAUUACGAGGCAGCUAUUAAUCAGCCUGACAUUCCCAUAUGUUCAAAUAUUGAUAAUAACACACUGAACCAGAGUUGGUCGGAGCAAAGUGAUGAAUUCUCAGCGCCGACUAAGAAAAGAAAUGUUUAUGUUCGUGGAAAAACGGGUUUAACUACUAAAAAAAAAGGAAUUGUUUUUAAAUCGAAGAUUCAAGCAAAAAAGGUUACAAAAUCUCGUCCGUUAAUUUGCGACGACACUCAAAUUAAAAAAGAAUUGAUACCUUCCUCAAAAAUUAUUCGAAACGUUGAAAAUUAUAAACAGGAAAAUAAUGACGGAGUUACUCCGAAUCGCCAAAUGCCACUUAACCAAAAUUUGGUGCUUUCUCGAGAUGUUCAAAAGACGUCAGGAAUCGCAAAAAAUGGCAAAAAUCUUACUAGCACAGCUACCAGCGUAUUUCAAGAAAAUUCUAAUAAAAUUGAUAAAAAUACAAGAUCGGGUCUCUCUCAAAAUAAAAUCAGCAAAAUUCCACGCAUAAAACCACCGAUAAAACCGAAUUCCUUUUUAUCUAUAUAUGGAGAAUCUCAUAUUUAUCCGACAAUGAAGAAGAAAAGAUAUUCGAAAAUUUUUGGUGUCCCGAGAAAAGUUCAGAGAUGGAUGCUGAUGAAGAAUUCGAGGGAGAUCUGUUGACUCCGAUAAAAGAAUCACCAAUCAUUACAGGCGCUGGCGAUGAUCCACGUUCUGCCACAUUAUUAAAAAGCUUGGCUCUAAAAUGCGAAUGUCGAUCAUGCAAUGAUCAUAAAUACGCUUCUACUGUUCGUACUGAUCAACAUACCGAGACCGAAUCUUGGAGCUCUCCCGAGAUAGAAAGCACAAGAAAAUGGAAAUCAAUGAGACAUCGUAAAUUUAUCGAUGCGAGUUCCGAAGAUUUGUUAUCGAAUUAUAAUGCUAUUAAUUAUAACAAGACAAACAGGAAGAAUAAUGGGUCGAAUUUUGCGGGUCAUAUUACAAAACAACCCUCGAUAGUCAAUCACACAAAAAUGAAAACUUAUCAAACGACCAGUUUUUCGUUUUUUAAUGUCUUCUUCGAUAUUGUUUUUUGGCCUUUCGUUUUCUUUCGCGCAAAACAAUGACUCAUUACCAUGUAUAGUAUUAUAAAUCCCUGUUACUUAUUGUUACGUAUAAGCUUGUUGAUACAUUGAUGCACUAUAUGUAAUAUUAUAAUGAACGAUAAACAUGAACGAAAAACAUCCUUGAAAUUUAUAGAAACAUGUGGAUUUAAUGUAUUAUAAAUCAUUUGUAAUA